AUGGCUCCUAUAUUUAAGCAUGCAUUAGGUACUUUAAAAGCACCAUUGUUCUGUCAGUUGUUAUCAGCAAGGUUACUUAUUACUUAUAUUCUGUUCUGGUACUCAAUACCAUUCAUAGUAUUUGCAAAUAAUUAUACUUUGGGAAAAACACAUGAUCAAAUUAACGUUUUAAAUAUUAAUAACUCAAGGUUUAUUAAUCAUUCAGCUCAUAAAAACUUUACUAGUAAACCCAUAAUUUACCAGACAAAUUUAAUGGAUUUAAGAACAUAUGGUUAUGAGGAUAAACUUAACAAAUUAGAAACCAGUAUGAACAUUAGUAAUGAAAAUCCAACUUACAAAGUAAUUCAUGGAACACCAUCUGAAACACUGUUUAAUUUAAAUCCACAAUUUUUUGAGAAAUUUCAAGAUUCCUCACCAUCCAAAUGUUAUAUCCUAUCUAUGAGUGGAGGAGGAGCAAAAGGCUCAUUUUCUGCAGGAUUAUUAAAUGGUCUUGCUUUUAUAUAUAGAUAUCAUGGAAUCAAAUUAAGAUGGGAUGUCACAUCAGGAGUCUCAAUUGGUAGUUUGAAUACGAUAUGGAGUCAAUUUUAUCAUAGUGGACAAAGUAGUCAUUUUUCUUCAGAGGCUGCUUCAGUAUGGAAGAAUUUUUCACAUAAAAAUGUUCAUAAUUGUAAAAGUACUUUAUCUCAAAAUGCACCAAUGUUUAUUUUUAGGGCUAUUACUGAAGGUAGGAAACUCCCAAAUUACUUAUGUUCAACCUAUCCUAUGCUUGUAUUUAUGAGACAUCUUAUACAAAACAGAAAAAGAUUCAAAGGUAACAAAUGGAAUGCUCUUGCGUAUCAUUUUAAAUAUGCUUUACCUUAUUUCUUUAAUGAAGAGGUACCAAAAUCUAUUAUUCCAUCGGUAAUAAGAUCCAGUUCAUCAUUUCCAAUUGUACUUGAACCAGCAGAAAUUUCAGGUAUUGGAGUAUUUGGAGAUGGAGCCAUUUCCAAAACUAUUGAUAUACAGAAUGCUAUUCAUAGAUGUUUAAAAUCUGGUAAAGCAAAAACUGAUAAGGAUGUUGUCAUUGAUAUUAUUACUACAUCAUAUACUGAUAAUGAAUUUUAUUCAGUAAUUGACCCAUUAUAUUCAAAAACAAUGCUCGAAUCUUUAUCUUGGUUUUUAAGUUUCUAUUCUUUUUCUCAAACUUAUCAACAAUAUGAAAUUGUUCAAGCUAUUAGAAGGUACCCAAAUAUUCAAUUCAGGCAUUUUCUUUCAUAUUUAGAUAAAACAGAUUCUAUUGUUAAUAAAAUAGGUCUUUUGGAUUUUGUGAAAAGUGAUCUUAAAGAAUCAUUAAAUGACGGUGUAGAGAGUGGUUUUUACAACUCUACAAUGUUUAAAGAUGUAUGGAAACCUAUAAUUAGAGAUAUUUCACCAUCUUCAGAUUGGAAACCUUAUGGAGAUAAUAAAGUUGUUAUUCCAAGUAAUAAUUUAAAUGUUUCAAAUCCAGAUACUGAUACUUUUGUUGAAUUUCCCAUACUUGAAAAUGAACCAUAUUAUAUAUCACCCAUGUUUGAAUUUAUCUCCUCAACUACUAAAGCUUCAAAACUUAAUAAGAUUUUGUUUUCUUCAGAUUUAAUUGACCAUGAAACACAGGUAUUUCUAUUAAAACUCCAUCAAGAUAUCCUCUCAAUCAGAUUCUUGGAGAGUGUUCGAGAGUUUAAUAGACGAAGAGACGAUGAUUUACUUUAUAUUGAUGAAGAAAAGAUUGAAAUGGAGAGAAGGAACAAGUAUUUGAAAAAUAAUGACCAUGUUUGCAACAAAAAGCUUAGGACUCAUAAUAAUCAUAAUAAUUCACUUGAAAAGGAAGCUUGUGACAUUUUCUCUGAAUUAAUAUCUGAGCCAUUCUUCCGAGCUUCUAGAAGUCAAAUUAAAAGUAUUUCAAAUUCUUUUGCUUACUCAUUAACAAUUAGAUCUAGAUUCAUGAAAAACCAUUCUAAAUUCAAGUACCAAAAGCUUCUUAAAAAAGAGAAAAAGUUAAAAAAAUCUUUGAAUAUAGCUUUUAAGUCUUUCAUUGAUAAGAAGGAUGAAAUUGAGAAGUUAUACAAUGAAUAUGAUGAAUUAAUGGAACCAUUGAAUAAAGUUUAUGUGUCCAUGUUAAAAUUAACCGAAAAUUGCGGUAGAGAUAUCCGAAAGAUUCCUAUAAUGUUUCCAUUUUUAGAAGGAGAAGAUAACAAGAGUCUUAUUUGGGCUCCCUCCGAAGAGUAUGAUUCACUUACAGUUAAGUUUAAAAUGAGUACAUUGGAACUUCUUUCUGAGAUGUAUCCUUCUAUAAACUGGACCUUAAAUCUUCCAGAGAAGCUUGGCGAAAGACCUUCUAGGAUAAGAAAUUGGAACAAUUAUAAACAAAGUCUUUUAAACCAUUUCAAAUUAAAUAAGGGUAAUGAAAUCUCAUGUUGGGCAAACCAUCCUGAUUUUAAGAGUAUAAUCUCAGAGAUCAAGGAUCUAACCAAGAAUAUUUCUUCUCUUAAAAUAAAACAUUAUGAGCUUAUGACCAGAAUUACAAACAUUCAGAUUCUUAUCACCAGUUAUGGAGUUUCUUCUAGAAAAUAUUCUGCAAAUCUGGAGAUGCUUUUUAGAAAGAACUUUAUUAAGAAUCUACAAGAAAUUGAGGAAAUCUUCCAUAAGACUUCUCACUUUAGUUAUGGUCCUGGACUUUCAAAUGAUCACUUAAGUGGACUUACAACCGAAAAUGAAUUCCGAAUAAUUAAGGAUGAAAUUUUGAGAAAUAUGAAAGAUGUAGAACCUCUGGUUAACUCUGUAAGUUAA